GGAGCAGUUUGUUCUGCCUGAUAGGGUUGUUAAGGGUGUCGCAAUGAGGUCCACGAUUUAAAGUGCUUCCGUAACUAUUUUUCUCCUUUUACCUCUACCAGAGUGGACUGUCAAGGGCGAAUGCAGGUUUUGUGAGGCCUGAACCUUGUGCCAUUUGGAGAGCCCUUUUAAAGAAAAAUAAUGUAAAAUUGUCUUAUUUUUGCAAAUUUUACCGAGGUACACGACCAUGGGAACACCUCGUUAGGGCCCCUCUCAAGGCCUUGGAAGUGUUCACAAAAAUGGGCCCUUAAAACUUGGGCUUCAUUAGCUUCACUGUCAACCCCCCUGUGCACUGAAGUGUACACACUUGUUUACAGAUGUGUGCCUCCCCUCCCUUGGGCUUUCCUUGUUCUAUGUCCCCUAUUUUAUAUAUACAGAGGAUAUUUCAUAAAUUUGUGGGGUUUUUUUUUUUUUUUUUCCUUUUGAGACGGAGCCUCGCUCUUGUCGCCCAGGCUGGAGUGCAAUGGCGUGAUCUCGGCUCACUGCAACCUCCGCCUCCCUGGUUCAAGCGAUUCUCUCGCCUCAGCCUCUGAAGUAGCUGGGAUUACAGGUGCCCGCCACCACGCCCGGCUACUUUUUGUUUUUGUUUUGUUGUUGUUUUGAGACGGAGUUUCGCUCUUGUUUCCCAGGCUGGAGUGCAAUGGCAAGAUCUCGGCUCACCGCAACCUCCCGCCUCCCGGGUUCAAGCGAUUCUCCUGCCUCAGCCUCCGGAGUAGCUGGGAUUACAGGCAUGCGCCACCACGCCCGGCUAAUUUUGUAUUUUUCUUCAGUAGAGACGGGGUUUCACCAUGUUGGCCAGGCUGGUCUCAAACUCCCCACCUCUGGUGAUCCGCCCACCUCGGCCUCCCAAAGUGCUGGGAUUACAGGCGUGAGCCACCAGGCCCGGCCUAAUUUUUGUAUUUUUUAGUAGAGACGGGGGGUUCACCAUGUUGGCCAGGCUGGUGUCAAACUCCUGACCUCAAGUGAUCCGCUCACCUCAGCCUCUUAAAGUACUGGGAUUACAGGCAUUAGCCACCGGCCCGGCCUGUGGUGGUGUUGUUGUUGAACAUAUGUGUCUUGCUACCAGAUGGAGGGCUCCAGGUCAAAGCUGGGUUCUUGAAUCAUAGCUUCCUAAUGUUGAUCACGGAAUAAGUGCCAAGCAUAUAUAAAGUAGACCAUUUACAUAAAUAAAUUAAUAAUCAUGGCAACUCUAGAAGAUACUUAGUGAAAAAAACCCUUGAUUGUCUUUGAACCAAGCAACUAAAAUAACAUGAUAAAAUGGAGACUGGGCUUUGAAUCAAUUUGGAGUUUGCCUGGUUUCAUAAUUCAUGGUUCUUCUCAUGUAACUAAUACAAAGUCCAGCUUCUGACAUUGUAGGAGCUCAGUAGAGGUUGAACAAGCUACAAAUGUACACGGAUAGGUACCCUCUCCUAAGAUGAGCAAGUGGAGGCUCCUCUACCUUAACACUAUUCAUUUUUCCUCCAAAAUAAAUUGAUAACUAAAUUGAAGAGCAGAUACUCACAAAACAAUAUCAUGAGACUUUACAACAUCACAGAUGAUUUUAGAUAUUCAGGCAUCUUAGGUCAAUUAGACAUACGAAGUAAAUAACUGAAUGUUCUUGGGCUAGACGGAACCUCCACUACAAACUAGCACUGAAUGAAAUGUGUCAGUUUUGAAAAACGAGGUUUUUAUACAUUACACAACCUCUAAGGGCACUUAACAGCUCUAAUAUGUUUUAUCAGGGCCCACUGCAGCAAAAUUUAUUUUACUAUGAAGCAAUAUUUUAUGCUAAAAUAAAAUAGUUCUAAAAGUUGUUUCCACCCCUCUUAUUCUAUGAAUAACUUCUCACUUCUCCAUGGCGAAAGAGGACUGACCACAGCAAAAAUUCGGUGGAAACCAACAGCUCCUGGAACACAAAAACUGGGGUUGUUUAUAAUCUCUCCACCCUGAAUAUCUAGCACCAUUACUAUAUAAUAAUAGGUGCUCAAUAAAGGUUUGUUAAAUAACUUUAUUUUUAAACCUUAAACAGAUACUAGAAGAGUCCAUAGUUGAUUUCUGGUCAUGCAACGGUUUAUUUCUAUAUUGUAAGUUAUGUAUUGUUAUGUAUUAUUUUUGUAUUAAGAGAACUGAGACCACAGUAGCAAACAUCAUUUAAAAAAAAAACAGCUCUAUAUAGUUUGCAAAAGCCUAUUUUUUAAAAGUUUAAAUGAAACAACCAACGUUUUGAGUUGGGAGGAUGCCCUGUUCUCUCUUGGGAGUUUUCACAACCAGCGAAAUCAGUAUAGUUACCACUGUUUUACGUACAGAGAACAGGAAUUAGAGGCUAUCACUAGCCAGAGCACAAAGUGAUCUUAGGUCUCCCUCGAGACAAAAUCCACUGGCGUGUGGAUCAACUGCUUGCAGAGAGCAUCUGCUGCCGAGGCCAAUAGGAGCCGUGUGUACUCAAGACCCUAACCAGGAUCCUCCAGGUCCCGCCUCCGCAGCCCCACGGGGCUGCCGGCCCCCCCACCUCCCAUCGCGAGCCUGGCUGCGCCGGCGUGCUUGAGCCCGGUGACUGCAAGGCCCCGGGUCUCCCCUGCGCCUGCGCGGCGAGCAGCUGGCGGAACCGGCAUCUUCUGGCGCCAGCUUCCGGCUUAGCGGCUGAGCUUCAGGCUUGAUGUCAGACCCAAGCCCCAGGUCGUGGGACGAUUUCUCCCGUUUUUGACUCCCUGGAACUGUAUUGCCUGCUUUACCUGCGUACAUGUUGAUUCUUUCUCAUGGCAACCCCGCAGGAAACCAUCAAGAUCUCAUUUUACAGCUGGGAUUCUCUGGUUCACAGAGGUAACGGAGCUUGCCCGAGGCCAGAUUUGUGUUCAACUUUAGAACGAAUACAGAAAAGUAGAGGACGUGCAGAAAAAAUCAGACACUUCAGGGAAUUUUUAGAUUCUUGGAGAAAAUUUCAUGAUGCUCUUCAUAAGAACCACAAAGAUGUCACAGACUCUUUUUAUCCAGCAAUGAGACUAAUUCUUCCUCAGCUAGAAAGAGAGAGAAUGGCCUAUGGAAUUAAAGAAACUAUGCUUGCUAAGCUUUAUAUUGAGUUGCUUAAUUUACCUAGAGACGGGAAAGAUGCCCUCAAACUCUUAAACUACAGAACACCCACUGGAACUCAUGGAGAUGCUGGAGACUUUGCAAUGAUUGCGUAUUUUGUGUUGAAGCCAAGAUGUUUACAGAAAGGAAGUUUAACCAUACAGCAAGUAAACGACCUUUUAGACUCAAUUGCCAGCAAUAAUUCUGCUAAAAGAAAAGACCUAAUAAAAAAGAGCCUUCUUCAACUUAUAACUCAGAGUUCAGCACUUGAGCAAAAGUGGCUUAUACGGAUGAUCAUAAAGGAUUUAAAGCUUGGUGUUAGUCAGCAAACUAUCUUUUCUGUUUUUCAUAAUGAUGCUGCUGAGUUGCAUAAUGUCACUACAGAUCUGGAAAAAGUCUGUAGGCAACUGCAUGAUCCUUCUGUAGGACUCAGUGAUAUUUCUAUCACUUUAUUUUCUGCCUUUAAACCAAUGCUAGCUGCUAUUGCAGAUAUUGAGCACAUUGAGAAGGAUAUGAAACAUCAGAGUUUCUACAUAGAAACCAAGCUAGAUGGCGAACGUAUGCAAAUGCACAAAGAUGGAGAUGUAUAUAAAUACUUCUCUCGAAAUGGAUAUAACUACACUGAUCAGUUUGGUGCUUCUCCUACUGAAGGUUCUCUUACCCCAUUCAUUCAUAAUGCAUUCAAAACAGAUAUACAAAUCUGUAUUCUUGAUGGUGAGAUGAUGGCCUAUAAUCCUAAUACACAAACUUUCAUGCAAAAGGGAACUAAGUUUGAUAUUAAAAGAAUGGUAGAGGAUUCUGAUCUGCAAACUUGUUAUUGUGUUUUUGAUGUAUUGAUGGUUAAUAAUAAAAAGCUAGGGCAUGAGACUCUGAGAAAGAGGUAUGAGAUUCUUAGUAGUAUUUUUACACCAAUUCCAGGUAGAAUAGAAAUAGUGCAGAAAACACAGGCUCAUACUAAGAAUGAAGUAAUUGAUGCAUUGAAUGAAGCAAUAGAUAAAAGAGAGGAGGGAAUUAUGGUAAAACAACCUCUAUCCAUCUACAAGCCAGACAAAAGAGGUGAAGGGUGGUUAAAAAUUAAACCAGAGUAUGUCAGUGGACUAAUGGAUGAAUUGGACAUUUUAAUUGUUGGAGGAUAUUGGGGUAAAGGAUCACGGGGUGGAAUGAUGUCUCAUUUUCUGUGUGCAGUAGCAGAGAAGCCCCCUCCUGGUGAGAAGCCGUCUGUGUUUCAUACUCUCUCUCGUGUUGGCUCUGGCUGCACCAUGAAAGAACUGUAUGAUCUGGGUUUGAAAUUGGCCAAGUAUUGGAAGCCUUUUCAUAGAAAAGCUCCACCAAGCAGCAUUUUAUGUGGAACAGAGAAGCCAGAAGUGUACAUUGAACCUUGUAAUUCUGUCAUUGUUCAGAUUAAGGCAGCAGAGAUCGUACCCAGUGAUAUGUAUAAAACUGGCUGCACCUUGCGUUUUCCACGAAUUGAAAAGAUAAGAGAUGACAAGGAGUGGCAUGAGUGCAUGACCCUGGAUGACCUAGAACAACUUAGGGGGAAGGCAUCUGGUAAGCUCGCAUCUAAACACCUUUAUAUAGGUGGUGAUGAUGAACCACAAGAAAAAAAGCGGAAAGCUGCCCCAAAGAUGAAGAAAGUUAUUGGAAUUAUUGAGCACUUAAAAGCACCUAACCUUACUAACGUUAACAAAAUUUCUAAUAUAUUUGAAGAUGUAGAGUUUUGUGUUAUGAGUGGAACAGAUAGCCAGCCAAAGCCUGACCUGGAGAACAGAAUUGCAGAAUUUGGUGGUUAUAUAGUGCAAAAUCCAGGCCCAGACACGUACUGUGUAAUUGCAGGGUCUAAGAACAUCAGAGUGAAAAACAUAAUUUUGUCAAAUAAACAUGAUGUUGUCAAGCCUGCAUGGCUUUUAGAAUGUUUUAAGACCAAAAGCUUUGUGCCAUGGCAGCCUCGCUUUAUGAUUCAUAUGUGCCCAUCAACCAAAGAACAUUUUGCCCGUGAAUAUGAUUGCUAUGGUGAUAGUUAUUUCAUUGAUACAGAUUUGAACCAACUGAAGGAAGUAUUCUCAGGAAUUAAAAAUUGUAACGAGCAGACUCCUGAAGAAAUGGCUUCUCUGAUUGCUGAUUUAGAAUAUCGGUAUUCCUGGGAUUGCUCUCCUCUCAGUAUGUUUCGACGCCACACCGUUUAUUUGGACUCGUAUGCUGUUAUUAAUGACCUGAGUACCAAAAAUGAGGGGACAAGGUUAGCUAUUAAAGCCUUGGAGCUUCGGUUUCAUGGAGCAAAAGUAGUUUCUUGUUUAGCUGAGGGAGUGUCUCAUGUAAUCAUUGGGGAAGAUCAUAGUCGUGUUGCAGAUUUUAAAGCUUUUAGAAGAACUUUUAAGAGAAAGUUUAAAAUCCUAAAAGAAAGUUGGGUAACUGAUUCAAUAGACAAGUGUGAAUUACAAGAAGAAAACCAGUAUUUGAUUUAAAGCUAGGUUUCCUAGUGAGGAAAGCCUCUGAUGUGGCAGACUCAUUGCAGCAGGUGGUAAUGAUAAAAUACUAAACUACAUUUUAUUUUUGUAUCUUAAAAAUCUAUGCCUAAAAAGUAUCAUUACAUAUAGGAAAACAAUAAUUUUAACUUUUAAGGUUGAAAAGACAAUAGCCCAAAGCCAAGAAAGAAAAAUUAUCUUAAGAGUGUAGUAUUCAAUGAUUUUUUAUGAUCAUGGUGAAAUAAUUAAACAGUCUAAAGAAGAGGUGUUUUUAUAAUAUCCAUAUAGAAAUCUAGAAUUUUUACUUAGAUACUAAUAAAAUACAUUUAGAAACUUUUAAAGUCAUGAAAAAGCAUUAACCUUCUAAACAGUAUAUUCUAAAAAGUCAAAACUUUAACAAUAGUUUUUAUCUAAUAAAAGCAUUGCAAGAAAAUAGGGUAGAAUUGUUACAGCUGGACUUGUAAAAAUAUGUCUUUUUACUCAGGGUUUAAAAUGUCCCUUUUAAAUAUGAAAUGUAAACAAAUUUGUUUUUUAAGGUUAAGGCCAAAUGUAACAAUAAAACCCUGUCAAUGAUGGUUUUAGCUAAAUUAGAGGAAGUUGUAUGAGACUUAAUGAUCUAAAAACUUAAAAUUGAAUUGAUUUGAUUAAAAAUAAAGCUUGCAAUUUUAAAAGUAGCUCACAUUUAAUUUCUUGCGUGAAAUAGAACAUGCUUUAAAGGAAGUAUUUUUAUGUGAAUUUGCAUUCCAGUAUAAAUAGUAUUCACAAAAAAGAUUUUCCUAGAUUUUAUCUAUUGAAUAGGUGUCAAUAUGGCAUGCGUAUUGUAACUUUCAUUAGAAAUAAGUUGCUUUGACUUUUAAAAAUGACUUUUAUAGUUAGAUUAUUUAAAGUCAAUGUAUAUAGUAUAUAUUAUGUAUGGAUUUAUAUACCAAAUUUUGGAAUACAGCCUAUCUCAUGACCAUAUUGAAAUGUACGGAAUUUGAUCCAUGAGAUACUAUGUGUGCAUUAUUUGAAAGUUAUUGGAAAUUUUAUUCAAACCGUGGAACAAAUGUAUGUGAUUUUGUUAUACUUCUUAAUUUAAAUAAAAUAUUUACUAUUAAAA